AUGGGUCCUCAAUGGCGCCGGAUGUUCAGGCGGAGCCCCCGACCGACAUCCCCUCAUCGCGCCCCAUCUCCAGCAAACCCGCCGCAGCCCGCUGCCACUCCCCAGCCCUCGUCAGGCCUCCAGGCGCGGCUCUGGAACCACGCGUACGAUAAGCUCAAGGCAGGCGAACCCAAGAUCCGCCAGAUGGAGCGCCUCGUCCGCGUCGGAUUGCAGAAGACCGCCAGAGAAGCGGCCGUCAAGCAGCAGAUGGGCGAUAUCAUCCAGAUAGUCGGCGUCGUGAGGGGACUCGUCGACAAGGCGGUCCAGGCCUCCCCGGAAGCCGCCAUCGCCUGGGUCGGCGUCAGCUUCGCCCUCGAGGUGCUCUCGAACCCCCUGACCGAGCCGGGCAUUAACCGAAAAGGCCUCUGCUACGUCGUCUCGAGGAUGGACUGGUACUGGAACCUGGUGGACCUCCUCCUCGACGAGCGUGCCGGCUCCGCCUUCAGUGGAUUGCGACAGCAGCUCGAGACGCGCAUCGUCCAGCUAUACCAGAAGCUCCUCCUGUACCAGAUGAGGAGCGUCUGCCUCUACCACCGGAAGCGUGUGGCCGUCUUUUUCAGAGACUUCGCCAUACUGGACGACUGGAGCGGUCAAAUCGACGACGUCAAACAAGCCGAGGCCGCCGUUUGGAAGGAUUCAGAGCAGUACAACUCGCAGCAGGUCCGGUCUCACCUCGAAGGCAUUGCCGGCGCCGCAGAGCGCCAAUUCUCCGAGCUCCAAGGCAUCACCUCCGCCAUCCAGGACCAGACCAGGCGACAAGAGCAACUCCAUCAAGAAAAGAAGGACAAACAAUGCCUGGACGAUCUAUACGACACCGACCCUGUCCACGACAAAACACGCAUCCAGAACACCAAGGGCGGCCUUCUCCGAGACUCGUACGCCUGGGUCCUGGACAAUCCUGAUUUCAAGAAGUGGCGGACGGACACCCGCGGGCUGUUCUGGAUCAGGGGCGACCCCGGCAAGGGCAAGACGAUACUCCUCUGCGGCAUUAUCGACGAGCUGGAGAAGGACCCUGCCCACCCGCUGGCCUACUUCUUCUGCCAGGCAACGGAGCAGAAGCUGAACACCGCCACGGCCGUGCUGCGUGGCCUGAUCUACAGUCUCGUCCACCAGCACCCAUCCCUCAUCUCGCACGUGCGUAAGGAGUACGACGGCGGCGGAAAGCAGCGUUUUGAGGGGCCGAACGCCUGGGAAGUCAUGUCCAAGAUUCUCGAGGCCAUGCUAACAGACCCGAUCGUUAACGCCGCGGUUCUUAUAGUCGACGCCCUUGACGAGUGCGGUGCUGGUCGGCCAAAGCUUCUUGACUUAAUCAUCCGCGUGUCCGCCUCCUCUCGCGCCAAGUGGAUCGUGUCGAGCCGCAACUGGCCGGAUAUCGAGGAGACGCUGGGCAGCACCACCCAAAAAGUCACACUCCACCUAGAGCUCAACGAGGACUCCGUCGCCGCAGCAGUCGAGGCCUACAUCCGACACAAAGUCGAUAAGCUGGCACGACUUAAGAGCUACGACGAAGGAAUCGAGCAACCCACCUUUCUUUGGGUUGCCCUGGUAUAUGAAGAGCUGGCGCGCGACAGCGCUCGACCUUGGCACGCGCUCAAAGCCCUCGAGACCAUUCCGCCCGGCCUCGACGCCCUGUACGAACGGAUGAUGAGACACAUAGGAGAUUCCGAGGAUGCGGAGCUGUGCAUGCAUAUUCUCGCGGUGGCUUGCGUCGUGUACCGCCCUGUGUCUUCGAAGGAGUUGGCAGCCAUCGUCAAGCCGCCCACGUAUUUCUACGACAAUCCUGCAGCCUUGUACGUUCUCGUCGGCUCCUGCGGCUCCUUCCUCACUCUCCGGGAAGACAUUGUGUACUUAGUGCAUCAAUCGGCAAAGGACUUCUUGCUCAGCAAAGCGUCUGGCCAAAUCCUACCACAUGGGAUUACCCACCAGCACCGCACCAUCUUCUUAAGAUCUGUUAAGGUCAUAUCGCGCACGCUCCACCGGGAUAUCUAUAAUCUGACCGCCCCAGGAUUCUCGAUCGACGACCUCCCUAAGCCGCAUCCUGAUCCCUUAGCCCCUGUGCGGUACUCUUGUGUGCAUUGGGUUGAUUAUCUCCAGGACGGCGAUCUCGCGGAGGAACGUACACUAGAGCAUCUCCAGGACGGCGGCCUUAUUCAUACGUUCCUCCAGCAUAAAUUCCUUUACUGGCUAGAGGCUAUGAGUCUCCAGCGUAAUAUAUCACUUACGGUACUCGCUAUGCGAAAGCUUCAGGCGCUCAUCUUAGAAGGCCUGGUUCACGACGCUCAUCGAUUUAUCUUAUCCUAUAAAGGAGCGAUAGAGGCUGCGCCACUUCAACUGUACGCCUCCGCUCUUUUCUUCAGUCCUACUCAGAGCGUAUCGGUAGCCUUCGCGGCGGACGGCACGCGGCUGGCGUCGGGGUCUAGCGAUAAGACCGUUAAGAUCUGGGACGUAGCGACGGGCGCGUGCGUGCAGACGCUCGAGGGCCACGGUGACUGGAUUAACUCGGUAGCCUUCACGGCGGACGGCACGCGGCUAGCGUCGGGGUCCCGCGAUAAUACCGUUAAGAUCUGGGACGCGGCGACGGGCGCGUGCGUGUAG